UCUCAUGAUUCUCUGAGGGUGCAGUUGGCGUUUAUUUGUUUAUCAUGGGACAGCUAAUUUCCCAGUGUAAGACGACGACAAGGUUCGCGAUUUGGUGUUGGAGUUUCAACAUCGACCAUCCCGCUGCUGUUGCUGACAGAGACAAGGGGCAAAAGAAGCUGAAGCGCUUCUGGAAGUGGAGGAGAGCUGCAGAAAUCGCCCCCAUAGAGAGCAGUUCUGGAGCGGGUGAGACAGUGAAGCAGGGUCCUGAAAGACCAACUGAGAGCAGAACUGAAGAAGAUAAGAAUUAUCUAUAGCUAGUCACUGUAGAGGACUAUGAUCUUCAGGAAACUGCUCCUCUCAGCGACCCUGUAGAACCUGCGGCGGAGGAACCUCCUGCCACUCACCUUGAGGUCCCACCCACUUCAGAGGAUCAGGACGUCCAAGACACUCCAGUCAGUCCUGCAGCGGGGGACAUUGUGUCUUCUGUGACGAGACCGCUGGAGGACAGUGUGGACAUGAGUCCUGAUGACAACAUUUUCUUCCGCUAUAAGCCAAUUCUGGGCAAUAAGCUGGGUGAAGGAGGAUAUGAGGACAUCUUUGAAGGAAUUUGCUUGGAGAAUGGCCUGAAGGUGGCAGUAAAAUUUGCCACAAAGAUGGACAACAUGGUGUAUAUGACCAUUCCUGGUCAUCCCAAACCCAUACCUUCAGAAGUGGCUCUCCACAUACUUGCCAAUAAGGGCCCCAGUGUUGGCCAGAUUAUUCAGCUGCUGGACUGGCAGGAGGAGGCAGAAUACUACAUCAUGGUCACGGAGUGUCCCUCCCCCUAUGAGACCAUGUUUGAUUUCCUGAAGUGCCAGGGCGGCAACUUAAAUGAAGGGCUAGCAUGGCAUAUGAUGUGGCAGGCAACGCUAGCUGCUGAAAUGUGCUGUCUCCGUGGAGUGCUUCAUAGGAAUCUAAAAUUGGAAAAUCUCCUGGUCAGCAGUGACACACCGGAUGUAAAACUUAUCAACUCUGGGUGUGGUGACCUCCUAAAGGACAGUGCCUACAAGACAUUCUAUGGUACAGAUGUACCCCCCAAAGUUUACUAAGACAGGCGAGUACCAUGGCAAGCCAGCCGUGUGGUCACUUGGGGUGCUUUUGUUUACACUGGUCUGUGGAUGCUAUCCAGACAGCAACGACCACCACAUUAUCAAUGUGAACCCAUGGAUCAAACCUGGC